AUGGAGCACAUUCAUGGAAUUGAUGUCAGCUGGAUGUCGCACGGAUCAAAAGAAAAAGGAGCAAAGCAGAUGCCACGCAGACGAAAUACAAUACAAACGCAAGCACUACCCACCCCCUUUGACUCAUCUCCAGCCAGCCCGAGGGCGGCGUCUCCAAUCUCGACCUCCCUUGACAACCCAAGCCCCAUAACAGAGUGUCGUCCUCAGCAUGGCGGCACCACGAAACUGCAACGGCGGUCCUCGUGGUUCUCCAACAUUUCGUCCAAGUUUUCGUCCAGCCCGAGCUCCUCGCCCCCUCCAACGACCAACACGGCAAGCAAACCAAAACAAGCCGAGCCUCCAAUCCCACGAGCCAACCCUUCCAAAAACGCUGUCCUCCAGCAUGCAGCCAAAUACGACGGCGAUGGCCCUUACAUCCCAGCGCCACCCAAGUCGUCACCACAGGCUGGCUUUUUCCAGGUCUUGCGCCGACUUUCCACGUCAUCUGGAAAUUUAAGUCCGAUGACAAAGGGAAAUCACGGCCUGGUGGAGAGGCGGGUGCUGAAUGUAGACCAACACCGGCAGCGCUGUGCACUGCCGGAGCUAAAAGCGGCAAAGCUGCGUCGUGUUGCUUUUUGUGUUGAUGUCGAGAUCGCCCCAAUGCCCAAGUAUGCCGACCAAGCGCCCGUUGUCAAGAAGGCAGCACCAGACUCCGAGCAAAAGCGAAAAGAUGCCGAAAAGGGCGAGGGCGAUGCGCUGAAGAGUGCGAAACUAUCUCUUCCCCCUGACGUGUCAAACGAAAGCCAGCCUAGCUUCGCUCAGACAGCCACACCUCCAUCUGCCGUUGCACCACCUCUACCUCUACCUCCAGCUUCUCCAGUCUUAACAGCCACGGUCCCGAUCCCAGCUGCCAUCCCAACCAUCCCAGAGACAGUCCUGACGACAACCCAGACACAGGAGGACGCGCUGGGAACAUCUCCAUCUGCAACCUUAGAUGGCAAGGCAGCAGGAGAUAGCACACGGAAGAAAGAGAAGAAGAAGAAGAGCGAAGAGGAGAGAAAGGCCCGCAAAGAGAAGAAGCGGAGGCUGGCCGAGGCAAAUGGGACCAUACCAAUGGAGCUGUACUACGACAGCGACGACUCGGAGGUUGGUGCGGCAGCUCCACCGACAACACCUCGCAGGCAGCUCAUGCCCACAGUGAACCCUGUGCGAAUAUAUCGCCGCUGCUGUCAACUUCGCGAGACGCCCAUCUUGAAGAAUAUCGUAGACAAGCUUUCAGAGCCGAAUGCAUAUUCCAGCGAUGUCGGUGUGGUUGCGAAGCUGGAUCUGACCGGGUAUUGGAUGCAAUUGGCUGAUCUCACGACGCUGAGCGAUUUCUUCGCCAUCGUUCCUAUUCGGGAGCUUGUCCUCGACAAUUGUGGCCUUACCGACGAGGGUCUUCGCGCGGUCUUGGCUAGCCUCUUGGCGGCCAAAAGCCCCAGAAGAGUGCAUCACCACCACCAUCACCACCAUCACCAUCACCUGCGUCAGGACCCCAACCCUUGCGAUAGCGAGGAAAAGAUACCUGCGCCGGCACUCAGCUUCAGCGGCACGACUCAUCAAGGCGGAUUUGUGGAGCGGCUCGUGCUCAAGAACAACCAAAUAGGCGCUGAGGGUUGGAAGCAUCUGGCUCUGUUUGUUUACAUGUGCCGGUCGCUGAAAGCUCUGGAUCUGUCAAAAAUUGCCAUUCCACAGCCGCCACAAAGCAGUUCACAGGCACAACUGGCGCCCUUGGAGGCGACGAAGUCGGGCUCGUCGAGUUCGUCGAGCACAGCGAGACAGACGGCAAGACACUCUCAAUCUGUAGCCCAGCUUUUGGCCAAGGCUAUCGGGGAGCGUCUGGGCGGCCCGACUCUAGAGCUGUUGAACUUUGGCGACACUGGCAUUAAGGCAGAAACGGUGGGCAUACUGAUUGAUGGCAUAGUCAAAUGUGGAACCAAACGACUGGGCAUAGCGAACAACGACCUUGACGACGCCAGCCUUGCACAUGUGGCUCGAUAUAUCGCUAGCGGCAAGUGCGAGAGCCUGGAUCUGGGUGGCAAUGACCUGCGUGAUCGGCUCGACACUGUCGCCGAUGCCAUUGGUGCGACCGAGGCACUCUGGGCACUGAGCAUCGCAGACUGCAACCUGAAGCCCAAUUCGCUGUGCAAGCUGCUCCCGCAGCUGACCAAGCUGCACAACUUCCGCUUCCUCGAUCUGUCGCACAACCAUGAUCUCUUUGAUUGCAAUCCAAGUGCGACAGCUCUGCUCCGGCGUUUCCUGCCGCAGAUGGAUUCGUUGAAGCGGGUGCACCUGGCAAACGUGGACAUGAAUGCCGAACAGGCCAUUGCCAUCGCUGAGAUCAUUCCAGAAAUAAAGGAGCUAGCUCACAUCAAUAUCCUGCACAAUGCGCAGCUUUCCAAGUUGGCCGAUGCCCGGACAGAGGAGAGUCAAGAGCAGGCGUGCGCUCUGUAUGCGUCGCUGCUCGCAGCCACGCGAAUAUCGCCAAGCAUUAUCGCGGUGGACAUUGAAACCCCCACUCUCGAGUCGACGGAGAUUGUCCGCGGUAUGGCAAAGCAAGUGCUCGCGUACUGCCUGCGCAACGUGGACCGUGUCACGUCUCGCAAUGCCGAAACCAUUGACGGUGAUGCGUUGGCUCUUCCCAGAACUGAGUCCAGUGGGGACAGCGAAGAUUCCAAGACGCCUACGCCGAGACGCGAGAUCGAAUAUCCCAAAGUCAUCCAGCAUCUCGUUGGCUUCGACGCGUCAUUACUGGAUGAGGUCGACGACAACGGGGUGGCACCUGAUGACGACUAUGUUCUUGGUGGCACGGGUGUUGCCCAAGCGUUGGAGUGCUGCCUGAAGAACCGCGGUACAGAGUCGGAGAGACCGUCGGACGAGCUCGCUCUAGAGGAUGACGGAUCGGCCACUUCGGCGACGGCAGUGAAGGUGCCCGGGACGAGUAAGGCGAAGGACAUGUCGAAACACUUGCUUCUCAGCGCGCGCAAGAUCCGAUUGCGGCUGCAACCUGCACUGCGGGAAGCGAAGGUGGUGUCUGGCGAGCACACCACAACAUACCAACGUCUACUUUUCCUGGACCAAACGCUGGACGGUAUCAUCAAGCGGUUCGAGAACGAGUUCCCGGAGACACGGGUAUCAAUCGACGGCAGCAUGUCGUUGUCUCUUCCGAUUCGGGUAGAGUCCAAUCGACAGCAUACACCGUCGCUUCAUUCCUCCAACGGGGGCGAGCCGGAUAUUUCGGGGUUGAUGAUUGCAGACGGCGAUAAUGAGGGCGAGAUGGAGAACGAGAACGAGACGGAUAUUCGGCCAUCAGGACUGGCACGUUCCGGGUCGACAGUCUCGCUGUCGUCAAAGGGCCUCACGAACGAAGAAGGUCGUGCGUUGCGGGCAGGGCACCGGUUCCGGAGCGGCUGGUUCAAGCACUACAGCUUGCUAUCUGGCAGGGAGGAUAUCGGGCCCGAUCCGGCGCUCUGCCAGAUGUUGGACGAAUUGAUCCACGAGGUCAAUGAUGCGGACCUGAACCAGAAGGUGGCAGAGAAGGGCAUCGUGCGGGUGUUCAACGAAGACCGGCCGGAGAUUCUCGAGAUCAUCAAGGCGCAGGACCCGGAGCACUGGGAGCGGUUUGUCGAGUCUCAACAGAAGGCGCGGGCAAACUUGAAGAUCGAGCUGGAUGACGGCCGAAACGCAAGCAUGAAGCUAGCAGAUGCAAGCUUGGACGAGGAGGCGAUUGAAGACGACGACGACGACGACGACGACGACGCGUUGACAUUUUAA